GUUCUAUCGCAUGCAACAGCGGUGGUCCAGCCUUGGCAGCUUGAAGCACGGCUGCUGGGGCAAGAAGCGGCACACAGUUUGGCUACAAGAGAAGCCGUCAAGGAAGGCCAUGCAGAGUUGCUGCAUCCUCCAGCAUGCCAAAUGCACAGUCCACCGGGCUGCCACAAACUUGUUCCUUGCACCGGACAAGCCGGUGUCUGAGUGCCUCCCCUACGACUUGAAGGACCAGGCGCUUUUCCAGGGCAACGUCCCGCAGCCUCAAGAUUGGCUGCGCGCGUGGCGAGCCAGCCUCAGAAACAUGAUCAUGGUCAUGUCCUGGGUGGUCAAGGAGGCGCAGAAAGACUUGCUGCUGCAGGCGGACAGCAUCAGCCUGUCUGUGGACGAUAGGAAGGACUACAGGAUUCUCCGCUACAGAUGCUCUGCAAAGCCAAAAGCGCUGGCAGCAUACACAGGCCUGUUUGAGGGCCCAGGUCCAGCAGGUCCCCAAGUCCCAGAGACUUUGGCAGAGUGGGCACUUGCAGCGCCAGCAGCCUGUGAGGGCGUGCUUGGAGUCUAUAGGACUGGCGGGGAUGUGCCAGAAAACACGCUAGAGCUCCACGACGACGACAAGAGCGAGGUCAUGGCAAACUCCAUCCAGGAGCUGGUUAGGCGUGCCUGCCAGGAUCCAGCGGGGCAAGUUGACGAAGACGCCUUGCAGCACAUUCAGGGACACGUCAGGCACUUUGCCUCCGACCAGUGCGCAGCAGCGCAGAAAUGUGGCAAGCUGUUGUCCCGGCAGGCAUCCUUAGCAAAGUUGGUUUGGGUAAGCGCAGAUCCUGCGCACCAGGUCCGGAUCUCGUGCAAGGACCCCCUGCAUGCAGUCCCCGACUUUGAGGAUCAGUGGCAGCGGCUAUUUGCUGGGCGCCACGCAUUGAUCCCGGACAUCCAGAACUCCGAGGUCUGGAAGUCCAGGCUCAUCGCGGCGCAGAAGCAGGUCCUAAGGUCCAGAGGUGCUCAGGGCGGAGGCCUUCAGAAAGUACUGCGCACUUUCAGCUUUGGCAAGCAGCGCUUUGACUCCACCUCGGAUCCAAUGCUCAAGGCCGAGGCGGCGCUGCAGGCCAUGACUGCCCCUCAACUCAUGCGCUGCGGCCUCACUUGUGACUACACCAGUGAGUGCUUGCGGCUCUUGCGAACCCACUUCGAUGUUGAAGAUUCAGAUGUUGCUCGGCUGGUCCCAGUCUUCCAUGAUUUCCAACGCCGGCAGCGACGCCUGUUUUGCGACGGCUACAUAUUGGGUGACCCUGCAGCUGCGCAGCCCACCGCAGGCCAACAGGCGCAAGACGCUUCGGAGGCCUUAGUGGCAAAGCCAGUGGCCCAGAUUGUGUUCGAGCAAAUCGAAGAGCCAGAGCCGAGCCUUGGAUUGAUAUACUACGGCAAUCGUGUACACUUUCUUAGCACAAAGGCAGCAGUGCAGGACAUCAGAAACAUCAUGUCUCAGCUGUCUGACAUUGUGGAUGCAAUGUUGGAGCGGCUGAAGGUUGACUUGCUGGAGGAUGAGGUUGCCAGUGCCCUGCAGGUGUUUGACUUGGAGUCCUGGAGAUCCGAGGUCUACAAGGUCCAGAUGCCAGAGAAGUGCAAGAAGCUGUGCAAGCUUCUAGGUGUUUCCAGCUCAGGUAAAGCGCUGUGCAGGCACAUGGCAAGUGAAAAGGUCAAGGUCAUGGGUUCGCCUGCCAACUCAGACACCUUCCUUUCCUUUGCAAAGCUGGUGCGAACCAUGGGCAUCACCAAGCAAAAGGAAGGUGAGGACCUCCAUCUGAGGUACAACAAUGCCCCAUACAACGCAGCCAUUCACAAAGCUGCCGCUGUCUUGCUGCCUGUUCUGCAGCCGAGUGGGCCUUGUCCCGUGCAGGCUGCUUUCCGUCGCAUUGACCUUGCGUUCGGACGAGACCUGCUGAGCAAUCAGUAUUCAAAGAUUUCAAAGCUUGUCAGCUUGGGGAAGAGCGGGGCCAGUGCCAGUAGGCCCGCGGCUACUGUGACAGCCUGGCUGGUGGACCAGCUGCUGCUUGCGCUGCGAGGUAAGCAGGUGCUUCCCUCCAAAGCAACAGAGCAGUGGCUUGACCGGGACAGGAAAUCCGGGAGCCCAGGCUUUUGGCCUUGCUGCCUGGUCAUCUUGCAGGUUUUUGACUUUGCCUUCAUUCUUGCCGGGAAGCUCCCAGAGGCAACCUCCGAGAAGCUCUGCAAGACUUUGCAAGAGAUGAUGGACCCUCUGAAGUGCUGGUCCAAGUACUUGGAGCCGCCUGCUGCUGGGAACGAGACGGAGGGCAUCAUUGGAGAGGACGACAGCGGGGAGGAGGAAGCAGGCCCUGCGCAAGGCACAAGUGACAGAUUGGCAGAGGAGAAGGCCAGCUUCAAUCGAGCAGCCGGCAUGCUUCUUGACCUUUUGCUGCAGACUAUGGGCGGCGGGUUCAAGGAGGACUUGAAGUCUCUUGCCGCGCAGCCCUCCAUGACCUUGCUGAAGGCUUUGUCUGACGCCGCAUCGCUUGGGGCUGAGGGCAAUGACAAAGACGUCCCUGGCGGUCAGCUUGUGAAGCAGCUGAACGUCAUUGUGCAGCAGUUUGAUGGCGGCAACGGAAAAGCUGUCACACCCUCCGCCUCCGCACCAGCCCCAACCCUGCUCUCAACGCUUCACGAGGAGACACAGGGCCAAGCAGACAAUGGAGAGCGGGAGAGGGCCUGGAAGCAGGUCCAGCAAGAGAGACGAAAAUUCGUGACGCUCAGCACACCUCGCGCUUUCACCAAGGAUGGCCUGGCAAGUGCCUGGAGGUCAUGUGGAAAAGUGUUCCAGCACGCAGGCUCCCUCAACACUUCGCACCGUCUCAUCUGCGCAGCCGCCGAUCUGGUGACUGAGGACACCUCCGAGCCAUGGUCCUCAGAGACCAAGCCGCCAGACAACUUGUGGAAGGAUGUCACUGACUUCGCCACAUCCGUCACUGGCAGCCAAGACUUUGUGAUGCUCUUUGAUGGCCGCAUGCGAGAGAUUCGGAGGGAAGACCGUGUGCUGUCCCAGGAGCACGCCGAGGAAGCGACCAUCGUUUUCGAAGGCGGCUGCCCUCCGCGAGCUGGCCGCGCACGCCGGGUUCCGCUUGGCUCGCGCAAGAUCGAGAGCAUUGCUGUGCGCUUCCCUGUCUCCAGGGCAAAGGUGAAGACAUGCAAGAAGGAAAACUUCACUUCGUGUGGAGAGGCCUCUACUUACCAGGGAACCUUCAGCGGAGUCAGCUUUCGCGCCUGCUCAGAGCUGCCCCUCAUUUCUCCCAGUGAGAAAGCCAAGGUCCUUGCCAGGUCCGAGGUCCCUCAGGCCCCAGAGGACUGGCAGGAUCGCAAUGGCACGGAUGUGCCACUCUUCUGGCAGGAAGGGAAGCCGAUUCGCUUCUAUCUGUCGGUGCUGGACGAGUUCAAGAUCAAAGCAGCGUUUGAUGUCACUGCAGGCAGCGGCGCGCUCAUGGAAGCCUGCCUAACGGCCGCCUGCGGCUUGAUGAGCGUGGAGGGGUCAUCGCUGUACUCAGAUGAGGCGGCCGCCACAGCGAAGAAGCACUUCUCAGGCAUCCUUCAGAGCUUCGCAGGCAGCGGGGAAGGCGCAGAUGAUGAAGGCGAUGCUUUUGAGCCACCUAGCCCAGCCGACUGA